AUGGUCAACGUCCCCAAGACCCGCCGGACCUACUGCGCAAGCAAGCAGUGCAGGAAGCACACACCGCACAAGGUGACGCAGUACAAGAAGGGCAAGGACUCGCUCUCCGCCCAGGGCAAGCGCCGUUACGACCGCAAGCAGUCUGGUUACGGUGGUCAGACCAAGCCCGUCUUCCACAAGAAGGCAAAGACGACAAAGAAGGUCGUUCUCCGCCUCGAGUGCACCGUCUGCAAGUACAAGAUGCAGAUGUCUCUCAAGCGCUGCAAGCACUUCGAGCUCGGUGGUGAGAAGAAGACCAAGGGCGCGGCCCUCACUUUCUAA